CGCACAUGUACGUGUGUGUGGGGGCUGCCGGGACAGGGACGGCCCACCUGGACCGACUAUAUAAGACCCAGACGAUCGAGAAGAGGCCACGAAACCAGGAGGAAAAGAUCCAGACGCACUCAACUCUUCCGUCCACUGAGAAGCAAAAGAAGCUGUCAAAAUGAAAGCCGUCCAAUAUCUCGCUGGUCUUCUUCUGCUCCUCUUUGUUGAAAACAGCAUCUGCGUCCCACUGCAGGACGACAGCACAAGCACGGAGACGGCUGAAAGUCUUCUGGCGAGGGGUCAGGGCUUCACGACCGCCAAAAGACAUUCUGAGGGAACCUUCUCUAACGACUACAGCAAAUACUUAGAGACCAGGAGAGCGCAAGACUUCGUUCAGUGGCUCAUGAACUCCAAGAGAAACGGUGGUUCAGCCAAACGUCACGCUGAGGGAACCUACACCAGCGACGUCAGCUCUUACCUGCAGGACCAGGCGGCCCAAAACUUUGUGGCCUGGCUACAAUCCGGACAGCCAAAGCAAGAUGUUGCAAGCAACAGAGGUGCUAAUUUUCUGCGCCGGAGGCAUGUAGACGGCAGUUUCACCAGCGACGUCAACAAAGUCUUGGACAGCAUCGCUGCCAAGGAGUAUUUACAAUGGGUGAUGAACUCGAAGACGUCAGGGACAAGUGGCAAACGUGGCGGGAAUUGACGAGGAACCAGCGGGCCUCCCCGCGAGAGCUAAAUUUGGGUCCUGAAGGGGAUUCGAUCAUCAAAAUGAAUGAAAGCCAUAUCGCUUACAGGCAAAACGGAUACAACUCUUGAAAUCAAAAGCCAUAUUCUAUUUUUUAAAAAAAACCUCUGAGCACUGUGGUUAUUUAUUUUCCCUUAGUGUUAAAGAACAUCGUAAGUUAUGAGGAGAGAAAAAGAGAUAUUUUUCUAUAGUUUUGGACUAUUUUCUAUGUGUGCGAUAAAAACAAACUCAGGUGAAUGCACUAAACACUCAGGUAAAUCGUGAAAAUUUAUGUGUGCCACCACUGUAUCAAAGUGCCAUGGGAAAUGGUGUCUUGCUCUGCAAAAUAAACCUUUUCAUAUUUCA